CUGCCGGAGCGCAACGUGAGCUACGCGUGGGCUUGGCCGCGCGUGGGGCCGGCGCUGAGCCUGGCGCUGGAAGCGCUGGAGCGGGGCGAGCCGCCGCUGUUGCCGCGGCCCUUCUCGGUGCACGUCGAGUUCAUGAGCUCGGAGCUGGAGGGCGCUUGCUCCGAGUACGUGGCACCGCUCAACGCCGUGGACCUGAAGCUCUACCACGACCCCGACGUCCUUUUCGGGCCGGGCUGCGUCUACCCGGCCGCUUCCGUGGGGCGCUUCGCCUCGCACUGGCGGCUGCCGCUCAUCACCGGCGGGGCGGUGGUGGGGCAGGAGUUUGCUAAACUGAAAGCCGCUUGCCUGCCCCGCCACGUGCCCCCGAAGCUGCUGAUGCCCAACAUUCGCGGCUCUAAAGAGUGGGCACGGAGGGAUGUGGUGGUGUAUCUCUGUGGGCCGCCGGAGAUGCUGCGGCAGAUCAUGCAGCUGGCGCAGCGGGAGAAUCUCACCAACGGCGACUACGUCUUCUUCUACCUGGACGUCUUCGGGGAGAGCCUGCGGGGCGACUCUGCCCGUGACCCCUUCAAGCCCUGGCAGCAGAGCCCAGGCCAGGACUCAGGGCUGCGCGAGGCUUUCCAGAUGGUGCUGGUGAUCACCUACCAUGAGCCCCAAAACCCCGAGUACCAGCACUUCCAAACCCAGCUCAUCCUGCGAGCCAAGCAGAAAUUUGGCGUGCAGCUCAACUACUCCCUGAUGAACCUGGUGGCGGGGUGUUUCUAUGAUGGGAUGCUGCUGUACGCCAUGGUGCUGAACGAGACCCUGCGGGAGGGUGGCUCCAAGAAAAACGCCACCCACAUCAUCGAGAAGAUGCGGGACCGCAAGUUCCAGGGGGUGACGGGGCUGGUGAGCAUGGACAGCAACAAUGACCGGGACACCGACUUCAACCUAUGGGCCAUGGGUGACCCCGAGAGCGGGCAGUACGAGGUGGUGGGACACUACUCAGGUGUGGAGAAGCAGAUCCACUGGCUGGGACGACCCAUCCCCUGGGUGAAAGGGGCCCCCCCUUUGGACAAUCCGCCCUGCGUCUUCGAUGUGGAUGACCCCUCCUGCGAUAAAACCCCCCUCUCCAUGCUGGCCAUCGUGGCUUUGGGCACCGGCCUCACCUUCGUCAUGUUUGGCAUCUCCAGCUUCCUCAUCUUCAGGAAGCUGAUGCUGGAGAAGGAGCUUGCCAGCAUGCUCUGGAGGAUCCGCUGGGACGAGCUGCAAUUCGGGAGCCCCGACCGGUACCACAAGGCAGCAGGCAGCCGGCUCACCCUGUCCCUGCGUGGCUCCAGCUACGGCUCCCUGAUGACCACCCACGGCAAGUACCAGAUCUUCGCCAACACCGGCCACUUCAAGGGCAACGUGGUGGCCAUCAAGCACAUCAACAAGAAGCGCAUCGAGCUGACGCGGCAGGUGCUCUUUGAGCUGAAACAUAUGCGGGACAUCCAGUUCAACCACCUGACCCGCUUCAUCGGAGCAUGCAUCGACCCCCCCAACAUCUGCAUUGUCACCGAGUACUGCCCACGGGGCAGCCUGCAGGACGUCCUGGAGAACGAGAGCAUCAACCUGGACUGGAUGUUUCGCUACUCCCUCAUCAACGACAUCGUCAAGGGAAUGGCCUUCCUGCACAACAGCAUCAUCGGCCACCACGGCAGCCUCAAGUCAUCCAACUGUGUGGUGGACAGCCGCUUCGUGCUGAAGAUCACCGACUACGGGCUGGCCAGCUUCCGCUCACCCUGUGACAGCGAGGACACGCACGCCCUCUAUGCCAAGAAGCUGUGGACAGCCCCAGAGCUGCUGCAGAAGGGGCACCUGCCCACCCCGGGCAUGCAGAAAGCUGAUGUCUACAGCUUCGGCAUCAUCGUGCAGGAGGUCGCCCUGCGCAAUGGCCCCUUCUACAUCGAGGGCAUGGACCUGAGCCCCAAAGAGAUCGUGCAGAAGGUGCGUAACAGCCAGAAACCCUUCUUCCGCCCCUCCAUCGACAUUGGGGUGCACAGCGAGGAGCUGGCAGUGCUGAUGGAGCGCUGCUGGGCGCAGGAGCCGGCCGAGCGCCCUGAUUUCAGCCAGAUCAAGAUCUUCAUCCGUAGAUUCAACAAGGAGGGCAGCACCAGCAUCCUGGACAACCUGCUGUCGCGCAUGGAGCAGUAUGCCAACAACCUGGAGAAGCUGGUGGAGGAGCGGACACAGGCCUACCUGGAGGAGAAACGCAAGGCGGAGAACCUCCUCUACCAGAUUCUGCCCCACUCCGUGGCGGAGCAGCUGAAGCGCGGGGAGACGGUGCAGGCCGAGGCUUUCGACAGCGUCACCAUCUACUUCAGUGACAUUGUGGGCUUCACCGCCCUCUCAGCAGAGAGCACCCCCAUGCAGGUCGUGACCCUGCUGAACGAUCUCUACACUUGCUUCGAUGCCAUCAUCGACAACUUCGACGUCUACAAGGUGGAGACCAUCGGGGACGCCUACAUGGUGGUGUCGGGGCUGCCGGUGCGCAACGGGAAGCUGCACGCCCGCGAGAUUGUCCGCAUGGCCCUGGCCCUGCUCGAGGCCGUCAAAACCUUCAAGAUCCGGCACCGGCCCAACGACCAGCUCCGCCUGCGCAUCGGCGUACACACCGGUCCCGUGUGUGCCGGAGUCGUGGGUCUGAAGAUGCCGCGGUACUGCCUCUUCGGGGACACGGUGAACACUGCAUCCCGCAUGGAGUCCAACGGCCAGGCCCUGAAGAUCCACGUCUCGUCCACCACCAAGGAGGUCCUGGAUGAGUUUGGCUGCUUCGAGCUGGAGCUGCGCGGGGACGUGGAGAUGAAGGGCAAGGGGAAGAUGCGGACAUACUGGCUGCUGGGCGAGAGGAAAGACCCCAAAGUCAUCUGAGCUCGGCGGCAGUGGCAGAGCCCCCAACCCUG